AUGGAGUGCCGGCUGGAGAUCGGGCACUCCCUGAUCGUCAUUCCGGACCCUGAGCACACACCUGGUGCUCACCAGACGACGUUCAGCUGCCUCCCGGUGGCUUCGGACGACUUCUAUCUGCUCUUCUUCUUUUUGGGUGCCACUGGCUACGCCUGUGCUGGUGCUGUGGGGCAGGCGACCGCCGGUGACAACUGGGGCACCGUGGUGGCCAAGGUCCUCAUGGUCUUGUCCAGUGGCGCCCUGCUCUUGGACAGCUGCUGCGCUCUGGAGAAGGCCUGCCAGAAGAAGUUCCUGAAGCGAGGCUUCUUCGGCCUGUGCAUCGGUUUGCUGGCCGGUGGGCUGCUGGCAGCCCUGCUCGUCUGGGGGUCCCACUUCCAGGUCACCAUGUACUUCCUCGCAGCCUCAGCGCUGCUUUGCUGUGUCGCGUGGGCCACUGUAAACUGGUGUGUUGGGCCGGUGUCGGGCGAGAAUCUGUUCCGGUCUCUCUUCUCCUUCCUGACCAUGGGCGGGGCCCUGGUGGUCGCCCUGCUCGAGCCCAGCUGUGGCUAUGCAGGCCACCCUGAGUGCUACGCGAAAUGCCCCGGGGCGCCCAGCAUUCACUUCCUGAUCUGGGCGGUCCCCACCAUCCUGAACAGCCUGGGCAUGACCUUCCUCCAGCUCUGCGCCCCAGAGCCGUUGGCCUUCCCUCAGCUCUGGCGCUACCGGCCCACGGCAGGGUCCGGGCCAUCACCUCAGGCGGUGCCCCCAGCGCCGGCGUAG